UUAAAAACACAAACAAUUCUCAAAAUGCCUCUCAAAAAUAUGCUUCUUCCCCUUCUGGCCCUCUCAUGCCUCAUGGCAUAUGCCACUGCAUCAAGGGACCUCCCCAUCAAGCCAGGCUACAACCUCACGGCGAGGCUUGAAGCAGCCGCUGCCGCCAGCAGCAGCGGAAGUCUAGCCGAGUGCUUCAACGCGCUUUGGGAGCUGAAAUCGUGCACAAAUGAGAUUGCAAUCUUCUUCCUCAGUGGGCAGGCGAGUAUCGGUCCUGAAUGCUGUCGCGCCAUCGGCGUCAUCACGAGUAAUUGCUGGCAUGCCAAUGCCAUGCUCACUUCACUUGGCUACACAGCUGAGGAAGGUGACAUUCUUAAAGGCUACUGUGAUGCUGAGCCUUCUUCCCCUGGCCCUGGAACUGCUCCUUCGCCUUUCGCUGCAGCCUCGCCAGUUUCAAAUUAA